GAGCGAGCGUGGCCACUGUCCAUCGCAUCGCGCAAUGCAUGCAGCAUGAAUACCGUAAUUUCAAUCAAUCCUCUCCAUAGUUCAGCCAAUGAACUAAUCUUGUCGCACGUGGAAAUUUGUAGCCAAAAUUUUGACAGAAACAUCUCCAGUACGUUUUCGUGAACCUAAAAAAAAACUAGAGUAACAUGUGAACUACAGGUUAGAGGGACAGCAUAAGGCUAUGUAACUGCUACGUUUGUGAUAGAGGCUAUGGCUGCAGCCAAUGGGAUCAUCAAGUACCGCAGGAAGGACAAGAAAAGAGAGCUCGAUGAGACGAGUUCGACAAGCUCCUCCAGCAGUGAUCCAUAUAUACCUGAUACUGAGAAUGAUGAAAAGGAAAGAUUACUCACUGGGAACACCAUCAAUUACUCAUCAGUUAGAGCCGCAAAAAAGCAUGCUGAUUAUUUUGAGAUUACGGAACUGGUUGAUAUGGGUCAGAUGGCUUCUAUGUUCUUCAACAAAGUGGGUCUGGUCCUAUUCUACAUAUGCCUCAUAGUAUACCUAUAUGGAGACUUGGCUAUCUAUGCCGUAGCUGUUCCUAAGUCCCUCAGAGAUAUCACAUGCACCUAUGAUGCUGAUUCCCAAAAUCUUAGUGACAAUGAUCCAUGCUGGACUGGGGUCACAAUAACAAGGAUGAAUGCUUACAGAAUAUACCUGGCAAUGUUUUCAGUAUCCUUGGGAGUGUUUGUGUAUUUCAAUGUUCAGAAAACAAAAUACCUUCAAAUCUUCACCACUAUAAUGAGAUGGCUAGCAUUCCUGACGAUGAUCUUUUCAUCCUUGAUCUACAUCAGCCGAGGAAAGAGUUCAGCGAAACCGGCUGCUACAGGAACCUUUGAGAGCAUCCCAAACUUCUUUGGCGUCUGCGUGUAUGCCUUCAUGUGCCAUCAUUCAUUACCUUCACUCAUAACCCCCGUCAAACCCAAGAAACGCAUCACGGCGUUCUUGUUCGGUGACUACGUCCUCAUCCUCCUCUUCUACCUCUUCCUGUCCAUCACGGCCAUCUUCACCUUCGACAGCGGCGACAUCAAAGACAUCUACACCCUCAACUUCUUCAAGAGCAAGGUGCUGCCAGUCAUCCCACUCUCCUACUUUGUCGCGCUCUUCCCCGUCUUCACGCUCAGCACCAACUUUCCGAUCAUCGGCAUCACACUGCGCAACAACCUGAUGGCGCUCUUCCUUCACGAGAAUAGGUUAUACCACUGGACGAUCAAGCGGCUUUUGUUUCCGACCUUGGUGCUGGUGCCACCCAUAGCGGUUGCCUUUGCCACCACGAACGUCACCUUGCUUGUAGGAAUCACAGGGUCCUACGCAGGGGCUACAAUCCAGUAUCUUAUACCUGUCUUCCUGGUUUAUUAUGCAAGGAAAAAGACUGAGAGAACAAUGGGCAAACGGUGGGUUCUCCACCAGCACAUGUCACUCUUCAGGCACAAGAUCUGGCUUAUUCUCAUUAUCAUAUGGGCUAUUUUCUGCCUGGUCUUCGUUACGGUCGAUCAUGUUUUAGAAGGAAUUCAUUAGUAUUUUGUAGCUCCCAGGUAUCACGUUAAUGAGAAUUGGUACUUUUUACUGACUGUUAAUUGUGUUUACAGUACUCAUGAAAAGUGUAUCUUUUUUUUUUUUUCAAUCAAGUGAAAUCAUAGUAAUGGAAAUUAUGUAACCAGUGCUGUGUAACGUAAAGACAUGCAAUUUGAACAUAUUUAUAUCAAUUGUAGGGAUACAAAAAAUCAUGUUCUAAAAAUUAUCAAUCAAUUGUAAUAUUGGUUUUGUCUCUUUAUGAUACAUUUACAUGGGACAGAAUUGGAAUAUUUUAAUAAGUUUCAUGAAGUUUCAUGAAACCAGAGCUUUAACAUCUCAAUUUUGUCACUUGCAUUUUAUUUUGUUUCACACAUCUUCAUCUUUGUCAAGAGUUUAAAUCUAACCUUCGUGCCAUGCAAUAUUCAUUUUCUUUUUUUUUCUUUCUUGAGUCUAUAAAAAAAACUAGUAAUUUCUUUUGACAGGAAUUGAUGUCUAGAAUCAUUCUGGCAAUUUUCAUUUGUUUCAUAUCAACCUUGAAAUAAGCAUUUCCAUUUGGCAUUUUAUGACAUUAGUUUUAAUGUUGAAAAUGGAAAUGGUAUAUUAUUUGUUAUACCUGUACCAAUUUUAUUUCUGUGCUAUUGUUCAUAGUAUUGUUCUCACUGAGCAGGCCACAAUUAUUUUCUUGUACUGCCAAUAAUCGGGAAACAAUACAAGAUUUUCCUUCAAAGGUUGUUUCAUAUCUUGUAUUGUUUGCGAUGAAGAUGAUGGUAAUUUAUCUUAAAUUGGAAUGAAUGAAUAAUGAUUUUGUUUCAAUAUCAUGAAUGUUGUGAAACUGCUUCUGGUUGCGAACAAAAUUAGGAGUGUUUUGCCUAGUUUACACUUCAAACUUAAUAUGUUGUUGGAUAUUCAUGUGAUAAUGCCUUAUAUAUGGAUCAAAGUUGGCUACAAUUAUGAGUUAAGAAAAUUAUUUUUAUUUGUAGAUUAUAUUUGUAUGUUUUUUCACAUAAUGGUAAAUUUUUAGUGUAAUCUUUUUUAUUCAUUUUGUAUAACUAUGUUAGUUCUAGUUGAUUAGUUUUCAUCAGGGUAGUAUGCAAUUCCACAUCAUAUUGAUAGACUUGACGGACAUUACACACUGUAUCAAGCUGGCUGCAAUUUGAGGUACACACGAGUGUACAAACUAUAAAAUAAUGAUAAUAGGCAUUUAUAUAGCGCCAUCUAUCUAGAAAUAAUCUAUUCCGAGGCGCACUGUUUAUUAUUAUUACCCCGGAUUUAGCUCGAGCUGCCUUUCAGCGCUCAGUGCAUUCAAGGAAUUAAUCCUGCCGGGAUUAUAAUCUUGUUUAGUGCUAUUGUUAUGUUGAAAUAUAAGUUAAAGGUAAAAACUUUACCACUGUAUGUCUGUGUAUGAAUCCUAAUCUUGCAAACUUUACAGUGUUAUUCAGACUAAAUGGAGUGUGAGAGGAAUACUGUUUGUUCACUAGUUGCUAUAAUGUAGAUAGAUUUAGUACUGAAUAUAAAGCUUGUGUUUUGGGACUCGUUUUUUUUCUUCAAUGCAAUCACUGUAUUUUUUUUUUUACAUAUUAGCUUUAUCUGUUAGCACACAAUGCAAAAUGAGUACUAUAUUUCAUUGCAUUUUCUUUUCCAUUUAUCUUUUUUUAAGGGAAUGUUUCUAUCUUGAAUAUACCCUUACCGUUUUAAAGCUUGCCAGUUUAGUGUAGAUUAAUUGCCAAACCACAAUCCUGACAUUGUAGCACAAAAUUGGCUUCACACUUUAAGUCAUGUUUGGAAGACCAAUUUACCAACAAAUUUAAGCUUCGUUACCUUGAUGAAAAUCAAGUUUUUAACUGUCUGCUGUUAGUAUGUGGUGAGAAGACAUGAUGUAUCAUUCUUCUUCAGACUCUACUGCAGAUCUGGGGAGCAUUACAUGAAAGGACCUUUCGGAAGAUUUUUUUCUGACAAGUCUGGUUUACCCGACAGUUAUCAUAGUAACAGUGCUUCUCAACCAACCAAGCAGCAUCAAGGAAAGUUGUUAGAUCUGACAUGUCAGACAAAAAAAUGUUGAUUAAAAGCUCCCCAGGGCCCUGUAACAUACAGCUUAGCAGUUGAUCAUAGGCCUGAUAUUUACAAUUAAUCAUACACAAUAAUCAGUGUAAUCAAUCAUAGAAAUCAGCCUUACAGUUUGUUCAUAAUACAAGCAUGCAAGUUGGGCCCAUAUUGUUACAUCCCUCAUAUGCAUUUAUCCUCACGAGCUUGACCACAGUGUACUGGACACCAUGUAUAAUCCUCACGAGCUUGACCACAGUGUACUGGACACCAUGUAUAAUCCUCACGAGCUUGACCAGAGUGUACUGGACACAAUGUGUUAAUCCCCAGGGGGGGGGGUACUCGACCAAAAAAGUGGUAGGUUUGUGCCGCGGGUGCGACAAAAAACGGGCUUUCGAGCGGGCUUAUUGUAAAAAGGAGGGUCCUCGGAACUAUGAAAACGGGGGUCCUUGGAACGGGUUGUCUGCGUGUGAGUGCGUAUGCAUCCCUAUGGAACGAGCAUACGUGCAUGCAGCUAGCCCAGCGGCACGGGCGGGGGGUGUGCUCGCGCAAAGGCGAUGGUCGGACAGCGCUCUGCGGCCCCUUUUCACCAAAGUUGCAGCUCACUGUAGCGGAUCAACGCGGCCGGAACGGCGUAACGGAUAUGCGAAGCUUUGGAACGGAUUUCUUUCUUCUUUUUUCUCGAUAAGAAGAAAAUGCUAUGCUUUGGAGCGGCUUUCUUUGUCCUUUUUCUCAAUAAGAUAAAAAUGCUAUGCCUUGGAACGGAAAUUUGAGUGCAAAAA